AUGGUCAAGAUAGCAGAGCUCAAGGCAGACCAGUUGCUGUACCUGUUGAGAGAGAGGAACUUAGGAGUUGCGGGCUCCAGAGCAGAACUAGUGCAGAGACUAGUGGAUCACGAAGAUUCCGAAGACGUGGAUAUGCCACAAGCAGCUGGAAUCAUGAAUCAGUAUGAGGAAACACUCGCAGCACAGGGAGCUGCGAUUUCACAAAUACAAGAACAGAUGAAGACACUGACAACCAUAAUGACGCAGUUGGUCAACAAUAUGCCAACAGCUAAUCAGCAACAGCAGCAGCAACAACGCGUGCAAGAAGUCAACGUAGACGAGAGGAGCGAUUCUAACCCUGGAGAGCAGGCAGCGAACAAUUUUAGACAAGCGUCGGUGAAGGAAAUUGCAAAUACAUUACCAGAAUAUGACCCCGGAGAUGAGAAUUCGAUCUCAGUAAACCAGUUCAUCGAUCGUGUCAACAAGGUGGUUGGUUCUACACACAAUAGUUCUACACACAAUAGUUUUGCAGCAGAUAUCCGAGAAGAGUUCGGAGCAGAACCAGACGAGGCAGAAAUCCAUUUCAACAUGGCAAAUGCAACCAGACGAUCGAAGGAAACCGUAAAGGAGUAUUGUUUCCGGAUGUCAGCACUUGGAGUACGGUUCAAGCUUAGUGAAGCAGCAGUGAUUCGAUAUGUUCGAGCAGGUCUACAGCACAGAGAGUUGCAAAACAGUAUUGCAGCCAUUCAUUUUUCGUCGAUGAAGGAGUUUCGAGAUGCUGCUGAGUCAUAUUUUCUAAACAGAGGUCGACCUAUUGCUAACAAGAAAGAGUACGUACCCAAAUCCAGUAACUUUGAGGGAAAGCUGGAGAACGAGAUGAAGCCAAAGAAGCCAAAAGAAGCUAAAGCAUGCUAUAAUUGCGGAGAUCUUGGGCAUUUCGCUAAUUUGUGCCCAAAGGAGAGAAAGAAGACGCGCUGUUCCAAAUGUAAUACUUUUCAUGCCGCCAAUGAAAGCUGCAACGUCGCACAGGUGAUGCGUUUGGGUGCAUCAAAUCAUGACAAGCUGUUUACAAGAAGAGUAUAUAUCAACGAGCAAGGGUAUAACGCAUUCAUUGACACUGGAAGCUGGAAGAUCGACGCAGAUCGCCAGACUUGUGCUAUGAAAAUUGUGGGCAUUUGUGGAGGCUCACGAAUCCUUACUGAAGCCAUAGUUGUGGAUAUCAACAUCGCUGGAAAAAUCGUAACAGCCAAAGUUUACAUCGCAGAAGACAAUCUACUACAGGAAGACUUAUUAUUGGGACAAGAUGUGAUCACCUGCGCUGAAUUAUUGUUGAAGUUCGAGCCAGACGAGUCAGAAGUCAAGAGAGCAGUUCAUCAGCCGUUAACACUUUCAACCGAGAGUAUUUUUCACAAGCUUCUUGUUAAUUUCCAGAUCGAUUCCGAAAGAGAGCAAGUUCGCAGUCUGCUGGAGAAGUUUGCUGACGUUUUCUCCACAGGAUUGCAAGGCAUUGGCAAGACAAACAUAGUCCAGGCAAAGAUCGUUGUUGAGGGUAACCAAGUGGUUUCCCAAGCGCCAUAUCGAGUUUCCGAGCCGAAGAUGGAAGUUGUCGGCAAAAUGGUCGACGAACUUUUGAAACUAGACAUCAUCACCCCAUCCACAUCAGAGUACGCUAGCCCGGUGGUGCUCAUCAAGAAACCGAACGGAAGUGAUCGACUUUGCAUCGAUUACCGUCGUCUGAACAAGCUAAUCAGAAAGAAGAACUUUCCAGUACCAAACAUUGAGGAGAGGCUGCAGCAAGCGAAGCGCUUUAGAUACUUUUCGUCGUUAGAUUUGAAUAGCGGCUAUUAUCAGAUCGAAAUGGAACCUGAGAGCAGAAAAUUCACUGCGUUUAUCACCACGGAUGGAAUGUAUGAGUUCAAACGUCUUCCGUUUGGGCUAAAGAAUGCACCUGUUGUAUUCAAUAGACUCAUGGCAGAGUUGCAGAGGCGUGUGCAGAAAGGCGACAUGAUGCACUACAUGGAUGACAUCCUAAUCGGCAGCACAACAUUCGACGAGAUGUACGAGAAGCUAGAGAGAGUUCUACGAGUAUUGCGAGAAUGCGGAUUAACUUUGAACGUCGACAAAUACUAUACGAUACGAGACGAUCCCGAUACCAGGGAGAAGAAGAUCAACGAGAGAAUCGAGCGGACGCGGUCCAGAUUUAUAACGCAGAAUAUAAGUUCCUUAAGUUUUCAUCCUGUUAAACCCCUUAACAUAUCCAAUAAACAUUACUCCACCACUCGCAAAAGCCAUCCCUUCACAGUUCAGAAGUGA